AUGAGAGAUCCAAAUACCACAAGAUCUCGUGGGUUUGGUUUUUUGACAUUUGUAGAUCCAUCCGUCGUCAAUACUGUGUUGGUCAAGGAGCAUCAUUUGGAUGGUAAAAUUAUUGAUCCGAAACGUGCGAUUCCCCGCGAAGAACAAGAAAAGACCGAAAAGAUCUUCGUUGGUGGCAUCGCCCCUGAAGUCACCGAAGAAGAAUUUAAGGAAUAUUUCUCUCAAUUCGGACAUGUCAUAGAUGCAACGUUAAUGGUGGAUCGUGAUUCUGGAAGACCUCGUGGUUUUGGCUUUAUCACUUUCGAUUCGUCUGAACCUGUUGAAAAAGCCAUGAGCCGUACUGAUUUAGAAAUCAACAACAAACAGAUUGAAGUGAAACGUGCCAUGCCUAAACACAAAUCGCAACGCGUACAAACAAUGUACGGUCAUCAGAGUUACGGAUCAUCAUCUUCAACAAAUGCGUCACCUGGAAUUAUGUCGUCGCCGACGAGUUCAGCUAAUAGCAGGUACGGGUCUCCUUACGCCAUUGCCGGUGGUGCCAAAGAUGGAAACUCAAGUGUUGGAAAUUAUAACCCUAGUUCAUACCCUAGCUACGGCGGAUACGGACAAUACUCUGGCUACAACUAUCCGAGUAGCUAUCCCAAUACGGAAGUUAUGGCAGCCAGUACGGAAGCGGAAGUGGAUAUGGAUCCAGUCGUGGGGGAUCUUAUAGUCAGUGGUAUGGGAGAGACGGUGGUUAUGGCUCCGGUCCCUCCUCUGCCAGUGGUACCUCAGCUUUGGGUGGCCCUAAUUCCAGUAGUCGUCUCAGCGGUUAUCGUCAUUCCCCUGGUCGUGAUGAAGGUUAUGGUGGUAGGGAUCAUCAUCAUCACCAUCCUCCUUCCAUGUAUGGUCGCGGUGGUGGUUCGCGCAGUGGACCUGCUCGCUCGUCUUACUCCAGCUCAAUGA